GGUUUGGGUUGGAACGUGGUUCCCAGCCAGCAAAAACAAUAGACCAUCGAUUUUACAAAGGUCCUAUCAAGAUACUCAUCGUCAUCAUCGUCGACGACGACGAGCUCCACAAUAAUGGACCCAGCUACCUACAAUCCUAUCACAGCUGGCUAUGGCUACGCUGACCGUGAUAGAGGAUACCAUGAGAGGGACAGAUUGGAAUAUGAGCUUACUGUCCGGCAGGAGCCAAAACAGGCCCGUAUGUGUGGUGUAGGAGCCGACCGACGUCCAAUCGAUCCACCUCCCAUCAUUCAACUUCGUGUUAUCGACCCACAAACUCGUCAACCUCCUUCUCCAGCUCGUUUAGAUGGCGAUGACUCCGACCCAAGCUAUGCCCACAGCUUCCUUCAAAACCCUUAUUACUUCAUGUUUGCAAGCCUGGCAAAACCUGACGACGACACAGAACUACACUGGCUAAAGGAUGGGAAAACACGGUGUACGACAGGUUCUGUUGUCUCGUCCCUCUACCACCUCAAAGAUACCGAAAAUCGCAAUGAGGAUGCUGGCUUUUUUGUUUUCCCCGACCUAAGCGUCAGAACCGAGGGUUCUUAUCGUUUGAAGCUCAGCCUCUUCGAAGUCGUCGGCAACACCGUCCGCCACUGUAAAUCGAUAUACUCUGCACCAUUUUAUGUUUACACUGCAAAGAAAUUCCCCGGUAUGGAAGAGUCCACACCUCUUUCAUGUUCGCUAGCCGACCAAGGCAUCAAGAUCCGGAUCCGCAAAGACAUUCGUGUUCGCAAGCGCCCUAUCAGUGCACUCAUUACUCCAAUCGAUACCGAGAACAACAAUAAUGAAGAAGAUGAAAACGAUGCCCCGGCUUCUGCAGCCACUCCCUCUGGUCAUUCCAAACGUCCUCGACACGGCACAGUGUCUUCUAAUGGCGCACCAGACUUGCAGACUCCUACCGGGUCACUAGUGGGACUACCUGCGUGGCCAUCAUCAACGAGCUUAGAUCCCAUGCUAGGUGCUCCAAGUGCACCGGGUGGUGUCGAACUCCCUGCGCCGACUCACCCUCCGCCAUCUGCUCCAGGUGGGGCUAUUCCACCACCUCGCGGCGCCAGCUAUGAAAACUCGCGUCUGGGAGGUUCCAUACCCCCGCCACCUGGGGCACAAAUGAUAGCCCCGCCUGCAGCAGCCGCAUUUGAGAAUUCCCGCAGCGCACCGCCAUCCAUUCCGUCUGCGUCCUCCGUCGUCUCUCAGCGGCAAACUAUGCACCCUCCUGUGCAGACUGCUCCCUUUUCAUCGGCUACUCCCGUGUUUAACUCGCAAGGCAGGGUAACAUAUGAGGCUCCCCGCACUUCCGCGUUUGAUUCUCCACGGUCUGCUUACGAAAGCGGUCCCAACCAACGACCGCCGUUCGAGACUUCAAGAGGAGCAUAUGAACAGCCAGAUCAGCGGGGAUACGAAAGUUCACGAACAGCGUAUGAUCCUCCGUCCCAGCGCACUGCUUAUCCAUCUGGUUAUGAUGGUCAGAACGCGACGUCCAACACUUUCCAGGAAUCAUAUCCCCCCGCUGGACAAUACAGCAGUCAGCCAACCACCUCCAACCAAUACCAGCAUCCGUCUUCUUCAUCUCACCCACAAUACCCUUCAUCGUCGCGGCCUCAGUCGCAAUAUGGAGCACCUCCGUCCAACACAUACCCUACAACCACGCCAUACUCACAAUCACAGUCUAGGUAUGAAUACCCAACUCAGCAGCCGCAGCAAUAUGCUAGCCCAAAUGGUGAUUCGUAUUAUGAGUCAUCUCCAGCUGCCUCGUCUGGACCCUCCCACAACCAUGGACAACCAUCCUACUAUCCCUCCAGUCAGUCCUCCGCUCAUCCUCCAUCAUGGAACACCCCUACCCCUCCCGCCAAUCCACAACCCUAUUCAUCAUCCGCACCAUCUCAUACCCAAUCAUACGAGUUCAACCAUCAACAGCCCUACCCAAACUCCAGCGCAAGUGACUACUACCAACCAUCCAAUUCGACUCACUCUCAGGCUCAACCCCCUCGCGUUACCUCCCCAACCCCCUCUCGAUACGCAAACCAAUCGUACACCAGCUCCUCUAACGAACAAGCCUAUCCACGACACCAACAGUCCACAUACGCCUCCACAUCUGCUGGAGGGUACAACCUCCCCCCACCUCCGCCCUCCCAGCACCCAACCGCUGGCUCUCACCACGAAUGGCCCGUGGCCUCUCCCGUAUCUGCAUGGAACAACCCUAAUUCCAUAUCUUCAGCUAGCGAGCACGGGCUCAUCCAACUCGCACCGCUCCGCCAACACCCAUCGUCCCGCCAACACGCGUCUUCUUCCUCGUCGUCCUCAUCUGACGCGUCAUCGCCAGUGGCUGGGAAUACGAACACACCAGGCGGAGGGGGAGGGGCGUACCCGCUGAUCCAGCUGUCGCGCGCGCCGUUCGAACAUGAUGCGCGGGUGGGACUGCAGGGGAAGAAAAAUGUAUUGAGUAUCGGAAGUAUCAUUUCAGAUGGUGGCUAGCGUUUGGAUGCUUCGAAUUUUGAGCGCGACGAAUGUUUUUGUAUAUCUUGUAGUUGGCUAGUGAUACCGUAUGCUUUUUAUUCCUCCAGUCGGUCGUUUGUUCAUGCCCUGUCGUUGUUGCUGUUAACUGCAGUUGCAAUUGGUUUUCUUCCUUUCGGUUUUCUGUCCGACUAUACAGUUGAAUUUCGUUGUAUCAAUAAUAUUCGUUCCCGCCUCGCCGAUGCUGCAAACUUUUGUCCAUUGUGUGAGAUGAAGCGUCUAUGUAAAUGGCCAAAUACACUUUGGUUUGUCUUCGGGGACAGGGAGUAGACGACUACAGUGGUGUAUGAUCGAUAUGAUCAGGGACCAUCGAGGCUACGUCACGGAGAUCUAUCAAAUGUGAACAGGAGGUCACAUAAACAGAUUAGUGGGCCCUUUGAAG